AUGGCAGCGAACGGCGACGUGAAGACCGGCGCUUCGCGCUUCGACCCCAACUUCACUCAAAAUGUCAUCAAUGCUAUGGGGCCCAAGACAUCGCCUCGCAUGAGGGAAGUCAUGACCAGCCUGACCAGACAUCUCCAUGACUUUGCCCGCGAAGUGGAGUUGACGGUGGACGAGUGGACCGAAGGUGUUGCGUUGCUGAACUGGGCCGGCCAGAUGAGCAACGAGAGGAGGAAUGAAGGCCAGUUGGUCUGCGAUAUCGUUGGCUUGGAGACACUCGUCGACGAGAUCACAUACAAGAAAGCAUCCGAAGCUACGGACUUGGCUACACAGAGCGCCAUUCUUGGUCCUUUCUUCCAGACAGACCACAAGGUCCGCAAGAAGGGCGAAAGUGUGAUAGAGAAGCUGCCAGAGGAUGCUCAGGUGGCAUACGUUCAUGGUCAAGUAGUGGACGCGACCUCAAAGAAGCCUAUUGCCAACGCCUCUAUUGAUAUUUGGGAGGCUUCUACAAAUGGGUUGUAUGAGCAACAAGACGCGGAACAGCCCAAAUCCAACCUGUGCGGCAAAUACUACACUGACGAGAACGGGGAAUACGCCUUUUAUUGCCUGCGGCCAACACCAUAUCCUAUCCCCUAUGACGGACCCGCAGGAAAACUCCUGCAAUUGUUGGAUAGACAUCCUUACCGGCCAGCGCAUAUCCAUCUCAUCGUGCUGGCUGAAGGAUACAAGCCCAUCACGACUCAGAUUUUCGACAAGAGCAGUAAAUAUCUUGAUAAUGACUCUGUCUUUGCCGUCAAGGAUUCCCUUGUUGUCGAGUUCCUGCCCCGGGAUGGUGACGACAAGGCAAAGAACCAACUAAAGUACGACAUCCAUAUGGCUCCUUUGACAUCUCAAGGCGAGUCGGGCGAAGGGCUGGUGACCACCGGCAUGGGUCGAGGAUUUUGA